AUGGGUGUCAAAGGUAAAUCCUCUCAUCAUUCAAAUGAGAAAGCUGCCACUUCAAAUACUGAUGUCGACCCAGUUAUUCCAUUUCAAAUAGAAAAAGGUCCUUUAAGACCAUAUGUUGUAACUGAACCAUCAAAAGAAUUGGCUUCUUUACGUACUUUAACAUCUGUAAAGGAAAUUAUAAUGGUUGCAUUUUUGACAAUUUUUGCUAUUUCGAUUAGAUUUAAGGAUUUGAAAUGGCCAAAUGCUGUUAUCUUCGAUGAAGUCCAUUUUGGUGGAUUUGCUGCUAAUUAUAUUAAUAGAAAAUACUUUUUCGAUGUUCACCCACCUUUUGCUAAGAUGCUUUUUGCUUGGGUUGGUGCCUUAGCUGGUUUCAAAGGUCAAUUCCAUUUUGAUACCAUUGGUCUUAAAUAUUUACCAGAUGUUCCAUAUGUCUUCAUGAGAGGCUUUUCAGCUACUUGUGGUUUAUUAACCAUUCUAUUCAUGUAUUUAACUUUACGUGCCUCUGGUGUUAGAAUGCUAAUUGCAUUAAUUUGUACAAUGUGCUUUACUGUUGAAAAUUCUUUCGUUACGAUCUCCAGAUAUAUUUUACUAGAUGCCCCAUUAAUUGUUUUUAUUGCAGCUACAGCCUAUUCCUAUAAGAAAUAUGAAUUAUACCCAACUCACUCCUGGAGAUCUUACAAAUACCUAUUAGCUUGUGGUCUUGCUUUGGGUAUGGCUGCUUCGUCCAAAUGGGUAGGUCUUUUCACUUUCGCUUGGAUUGGUUUAUUAUGUGUCUGGAAAUUAUGGUUCUAUAUUGGUGAUUUACAAAGAUCUGUAUGUUCUACAACUAAAGUUGCAUUCAUGAAAUUUGGAUGUUUAUUGAUUGUUCCAUUCUUAUUUUACAUGAUGACUUUCUAUAUUCACUUUAAAACUCUUAUUUACGAUGGCUCUGGUACUGCGUUCUUAUCUUCUGCUACUAGAACAACAUUCAUUGAUAACACUAUCCCAAAGAAUAUGAUUGCUAACGUUGGUUAUGGUUCUGUCAUUACACUUUUGCACGCUGGCACUAGAGGUGGUUACUUACAUUCUCAUCCUCAUGAUUAUGAAACUGGUUCAAAGCAACAACAAAUUACAUUAUAUAGCCAUUUGGAUGAUAACAAUAAAUGGGUCAUUGAAUCUAAUGAUGAACCAUUUGUUAGUUUCAAAACUUUUGAGAACAUUUCUGAUGGUGCCUCAAUUAGAUUAAACCAUAUUUCAACUCAUCAUAGAUUACAUUCUCAUGAUCACCCAGCUCCAGUUUCAGAACAUUCUUCAUGGCAAAAGGAAGUUUCAGGUUACGGUUACCAAGGUUUCUCCGGUGAUUUAAACGAUGCCUGGAUUGUUGAAAUUGACAAGGACGAAUCAGCUUCAGGUGAUGCUCAAAAAUACGUUAGAGCCUUAGAAACUAAAUUCAGAUUAAGACACGCUAUGACUGGUUGUUAUUUAUUCUCUCAUGAAGUUAAGUUACCAAAAUGGGGUUUUGAACAACAAGAAGUUUCUUGUGCCUAUUCAGGUAAAAAAUCUUUAACUUUAUGGUAUAUUGAAGGUAAUGAAAACCCAGUUCUCCCAGAAGAUGCUGAAAGAAUUUCUUAUAAGAAGCCUUCUUUCUUUAAGAAAUUUUUGGAAAGUAAUUACAUGAUGUGGGAAGUUAAUAAGGCGUUGACUGAACCUCAUUAUUAUCAAUCUUUACCAAGCUCAUGGCCACUUUUGAGUCGUGGUAUUAGUUACUGGGGUGAUCACAAUAGAAUUGUCUAUUUGUUAGGUAAUGCUAUUUUAUGGUGGUCUAGUUCAUUAUUUACUGUUCUCUUCACCUUGACCAUUGUUGUUGAAUUAAUUGUUUGGCAAUUAGGCAAACCUAUCUUACAAGAUUCUCAUGUCAUCAAUUUCCACGUUCAAGUUAUCCAUUACUUACUAGGUUACGCUUUGCAUUUUAUUCCAUCUUUCUUAAUGGGUCGUCAAAUGUUCUUACAUCACUAUUUACCAGCUUAUUACUUCGCUAUUUUGGCUUUUGGCCAUGCUUUAGACAUCAUUGUUACUUAUAUCUUAAAGAAGAGAAAGAAUGCUGGGUUAAUGUUUACAUUAGUCUUUUUCCUCAGCUGCUUGUACUUCUUCAAUGAACAUUCUCCAAUUAUCUAUGGUACUCCAUGGACUAAAGAAAUGUGCCAAAAGAGCAAAUGGUUAUCUACAUGGGAUUACAAUUGUGAUGAAAUGCUAGAUAAUUUAGCUGAUUAUGAAGGGAUUGAUACCCAAGUUAGUGGUGUUAAUUUCCAUAGUCAAAACACAAUGGAUGCUAAUGUCGUAGAUGUUCAUGAAUUCCAAAAAGGUGCCGAAAAUGAUGAACGGCACGUCUUGGAUGAAUCUAUGGAAGAAGCUAAAGAAUUGAUUUGA